AUAAUACGGUACUGUUGCAACCUUCCUCCACGCGAUAACAGGCGAUGACUAGCACGUCGAUACUCCCUCUGGUAAACAUAUCGAAAUCUAGGGCAACAGAGAAUCCUGCCCAAAACACUCCCUCACACUCUCCCAUAACGCCUACUAGCGAUCUAGUCUCUGGAAAUGGGAGGUCAACAUCUUCCACUGGGGGGGAUGGACCUAAUGCACUUUCGGCAAGUGGCUCCAUACCUUCGAGCUUCUCGAGACCUUCCACGAUCCCUGCACCUACCGCUGAUCCCGAGAAGCUGCAAUCACCAAAUAUCAAGAAUACGGGGAUCGGCUUAGAUAACACGGUUCCUUUUGACCCGUUGGCGAUGCAGAUACUCCGUCGCACUGGAACAGAAAACACACUUCGGCAAAAGUUGCGUAAAGAUAGCUACGAUGAUUCGAUGGCUCGGAAUCCGGGCGAGAGUGUGGGUGGGAUCGGGGAAAGAAAUGCUCCUGAUGCAACAGCGAGGAAUACGGAUGCACAGCCUCAAGGCAGAGAAAAGAAGAAAGGCGUUUCUUUUCUCAGCCGCAUAAUGGGGGGGAAGAAGAAGGGCGGUGAUAUGCCCAACGAUGAAGAUACGCUUGAGGGAGACGUACGGACUGAAGGAAUGGAUGCUCACGUCUUUUCCCAACCAAUUGGGUAUAUACCUCAGUUCCCCGCGCCACCGAAGUAUAUCAGGGUUCGUUCGCACAAUAAACCGAAACGUGAUUUCGACCAAACAUUUUUGGCACAGGAGCUGUACCGGAGGCCGGUAUACGAGGAGAAUGGGAAGUUAGUCGCCGGUAGUACGGCCGAUGUUUCGUUGUUGUCACUGGCACUUCCGAAGCAUAAGAGCGGAGCUAUAUGGGCUAUGAAGUUUAGCAAGGACGGCCGAUAUCUUGCUGCGGGGGGACAGGAUAGAAUAGUACGGGUUUGGCAAGUCAUCGGGAUAUACUCCAGUGGUGGCGGCGUACGGUUGAAUGCCCCUGUUUUUCUAUCAGAACCAAUUCAUGAAUACGCCGGACAUACUGCAGACGUCCUGGACCUGAGUUGGAGCAAAAACAACUUUCUUUUGUCCUCAUCUAUGGACAAGACAGUCAGGCUUUGGCACGUGUCCAGGAAAGAGUGCCUCUGUGCAUUCCAACACAGCGACUUCGUUACAGCUAUUGUGUUUCAUCCUAGGGAUGAUCGCUUCUUUCUAGCUGGUUCCUUGGAUUCCAAGUUGAGACUAUGGAGCAUACCUGACAAAAGUGUUGCUUUCUGGAAUGAACUCCCUGAUUUGAUUACAGCCGUGGCCUUCACUCCCGAUGGACGAAUGGCCAUUGCAGGUUGUUUGAGUGGAUUAUGUCUGUUCUACGAGACUGAGGGGCUAAGAUAUAAUACUCAAGUUCAUGUGAGAUCUUCUCACGGCAGGAAUGCGAAAGGGAGCAAGAUUACCGGAAUUGAGACCAUCACGUUUCCGCCUGAUGACCCGAAUGGAGAAGUUAAAUUGUUGAUUACUAGUAAUGAUUCACGGGUCCGGAUGUACAAUGCUAGAGACAAGAGCCUUGAGUUAAAGUUUAAGGGCUAUGAGAAUACAUGCAGUCAGAUUCACGCUACCUUUAGCGACGAUGCUAAAUAUGUCAUCAGUGGAAGUGAGGAUAGACGAGUUUAUAUUUGGAACGUCGGAUUAGGGGAGACUGAAAAGAAGGACAAGAGACCGGUCGAGUACUUUGAGGCCCACCCCGCAAUCGUGACCGUUGGAGUUAUGGCUCCUGCAAAAACGAGACAAUUGCUGGGGAGCUCGGGAGAUCCGCUCUACGACCUGUGCAACCCACCACCAGUUACCCUUGUUAGUAGAUCCGAUUCGGUUUCUUCAAAGAAAGAACCCGCGACAUCGGCUGGGGGAGGAAAGCGUUCAGAAGGCGAUCACGCAACUUCUCACACGCCGAAAGCCCCCGAGGAAUCGCCCGCCUACGUAGCGAGAUCAGCGCACUCAGACGGGAAUAUAAUUGUCACUGCAGACUAUACCGGACGUAUCAAGGUUUUUCGACAGGACUGUGCUCAUGUGAAACGCAAGAAUGAGUCUUGGGAAACAUCGUCGACGUUUUCAAAGAAGAUUGGAAAUGGAGUGUUUGGGGGAAGGAGAAACUCGUUGUCACAUGGCUCUGAUAGAAUCCUUUCAUGGAGACAGAGCAUAGCAUCCAGUGGAAGCUUGGAUGACUCAAUUGGGGGAGGGAGAUUUGGUGAUGGCAGCUCGAGCAGGAACCGAAGCAUCUCUCCCCGAAAGUCAACGGGCGCCCUAUCAAUUGGUUCGAAUGGGGUCACGGGCCGGUUCGCACGGUCAGGGAGUGUACGUUCAAGAACAACCUCAAUUGCAAAUGAUACCGUGCAUCAAAGAAACUCGGAUGGUGGUACGGCCAAUGUGAGGAGCCCCGGAAGGUCGGCUCUCGGGGGAGGGGAUCGGCCAGGAAGUAGCGCAACAAUGCCAGUGACUGGCGAUGAUCGUAUGACGCAGGAAGCUAGCGCAAAUCUGGCAUACUACAAUCCCAAACAUAUGCCCACCUCAGGUGCCAGUGCUGCCACCACAAGGGCGACGGCAGGAUUGAGACAGGGAUCCAGGAUGACGACGGGCUCUGACGACAGUGCGGAUGAGGUUUUUAGCACUGACGGGGAAGGGGACGAGAGCGAAAAUGAGACGGUCAGGUGUAAAAGAUGCGGAGGAACAUCCUUCAAGGCUAAACAAUCAAGAAAGGGGGAACAUAAACUUCUUUGCGUAAAGUGCAACUCUGUACUGUGAAAUCACGCAAUUCAGCUGCUUCGUUUCUCUAACUUCCUUUUUCUUGCUCGUGUAAUGUUUUCAAUUCGAUAGUAAUUUAUUUGUUACCGACCUGCAUCAACAGCCAUUCUUGCUUUUUUCUUUUUCUUUUUCUUUUGCUUGUAAGCUUUCCUCCUUGCUUUUGCUUCUCCACCCAUCCAUCCGACUACGGCAGUGUUUCACUUUUGUUUUUACUUUUUCUUCGUUCAUCCUUACCUUUCUGCUUCCCUUGUCAAAAAACGGUUUGCCUUUCUAGCCUUUUCUUUCUUGCUUUUCCUUUUCCCUCUCUCGAAAGCAUCUCUUUUUCUUAUCUUACCAUGCUUCGGGCGUUGCGGGGAAUAUCAAACCAGCGGGGACACUUUUUUCUCUCUUUCUUGCAUCCUCCCCUCCUCCUCUUCGUGCUUUAUCGUAUUAUGUGGUAUCUCUUCCCCCCCUAUAUCGAAAAAUGGUAUUUAUACAAAAUUUAA